AAAAAUUUAUAGUGAAUAUUAUUUGUAUUUUUCCCAAAGAAUUCACAUGGAAAUGUUUGUUUUGCAUGACUGAGCAAAUGUCACUUGUUUUCCAUAAAUUUGCCUGCUGUCUGGGAACAGAGGUAAUUUACAGUCAAUCUAGAUGAUAAAUGAAAGAUCGUGGUCUUACUCGAGGUUAAAACUGUGGGAUGAAACUGCGACUGACAGGCAAAUCUGUCCUCUGUGGUUCAGUUGUUCAUAGGUAAAUCGCAACUUAUGCUCAUGAAAAGUUUUUGUUUUUCUUAAUAGGUUAAUUUGAUGGUGACAAACACAUUACUCCAGGCAAAUGCUCUGACAAUUACUGAUUGUUUAUGCAAAUGUUUGUCACCAUCGGAGCAUGGAAAACGGUGGAUUGGCGUUAAGCAGAAAUGUUUAUAAGCCCGUGCCUGAAACCUUCAUUAGAGGAAACAUGUGCGAGAUGAUGGUCAGGUUCGUGUUCUCGGUUUGUUGUUUAAGCUUUAGUGAUAGUGCAGGUCUCAGUCUCGCAGGAGAUUACAGCAUUUAUGGAUGGUUCCCUCUACAUAAUUCAGGUUCUACCAGCCAAUCUACACCUUAUCUGACUGACUGUAAACAAGGAUUGACCAACAAGCAUGGAUAUCAUUUGCUCCAGGCCCUCAGAUAUGCUGUAGAAGAAAUUAACAAUGACCUUUCAGAUAAGAGACUUCUCCCUACGAUCACACUUGGCUACCAGAGUUAUGAUUUAUGCUCACUUCCAGCCAGUAAUCUGGCAACCCUUGACCUGCUUGCCAAGCACCGCAACAGUUCAGAUAUAGCGAACCUCGCUUUGGCCGUCAUUGGACCCGACAGUAGCACUUACUCCUUUACACCAGCCGCUGCUCUGGGUGCAUUCCUAAUGCCUCAGAUCUCUUAUGAGGCCUCGAAUGAAUUACUAAGCAAUAAGCUUAUCUAUCCGUCUUUCUUCCGCACCAUCCCCAGUGACAAGAACCAGGUGGAUGCAAUGAUACACAUCCUCAACCGAUUUAACUGGACCUGGAUUGCCCUUGUCGGCAGUAACAACUCCUACGGUUUACAAGGAAUGAAAAGUCUUUCCCAGCAAGCUUCUCUUCACGAAAUAUGUAUCGCAUACCAAGGUGUGAUACCCGCAGUAACUGACAAGACAUCUAUGCGGAGCAUGGUGAAAAACAUCAUUAAAACCAAAGUCAAUAGUAUAGUUGUCUUUUCUAACAAGAGAACGGCUAGUGGUUUCUUUCCUUUUGUCAUCGAACAAAACGUCACUGGGAAAGUGUGGAUCGGAUCAGAGGAUUGGUCAGUGGCGUCCAUAAUACGUAGUAUACCAAGCAUACAAACAAUAGGGACUGUCAUCGGCAUCUCCGUCAAAUACUCAGAAUUUAAGGGGUUCGAAGAUUUUGAAAGGCUUUCUGUGCCAGGGCUUAAAGAUGUUGGGCCUUCAAACGCUAUGAUCGACGUUGAUGUCCCAUGUCUGCUAGACACAGACCUGUAUGAAAUGGCAAUGCAAAACAUUUCUCUGAGCCCAUAUGAUGUUGUGUCUUCCUUUAAUGUGUAUAAGGCUGUGUACGCAGUGGCUCAUGCACUGCACAAUAUCCUAAACUGUGACUCUGAGCGAUGUCAGAAGUCUGAGGUGCAGCCGUGGCAGGUCUAUCAACAGUUGAAAAAAGUCAGAUUUUCAAUUCAAGAUACGUUGUUUUAUUUUGAUAAGAAUGGAGACCCUAUCACAGGCUAUGAUAUAGUGACGUGGAUAUGGAUGGGUGACAACUGGUCAUAUAAAAUAAUUGGAAGUUAUAGUCCAGAUCCAGUUGAGCUUCAGUUAGAUGCUUCUCAGAUUCAAUGGACGGGGCCAGUAUCACCUGUGACCAUGGUUCCCGAGUCCAUUUGCUCUCCAGAAUGUCCCUUCGGUCACAGAAAGCUCCAGACCGGACAGCAUAGGUGUUGCUUUGACUGCAUGGCAUGUCCUGCUUUCACCUUCCUCAACAAAUCAGGCUACACAAGCUGCCAAUCUUGUGCCAUUCAAGAGUGGUCAGAAGCAGAAAGUGAGACGUGUCUCAAGAGAACCGAGCUGUACCUGAGAUGGGAUUCACUGCUUUCUAUAGCCCUCCUCGCAUAUUUCGCAGUCACUCUAUUUCUAACCCUGGGCACAGCUCUCAUUUUCAUGUUGAAUCUCAGUACUCCUGUGGUAAAGUCAGCUGGAGGGAAAAUCUGUCUGCCGAUGCUGGCGUCUCUAACCGUGGCGUCCUGUAGCACACUGUGCCAUUUUAGCAGACCCUCUUACAUUGGAUGCCUCCUCAAACAGCCCCUCUACUACAUCAGCAUCACCGUUUGCCUGGCGUGUGUGACCGUGCGCGCCUUUCAGGUGGUCUGUAUCUUUAAAUGGUCCUCCAAGCUGCCGAGAUACUACGACACCUGGACUAAGAACCGAGGACCAGAGAUGUUCAUCUUCAUCACCUCAUUACUGGAGUUCUUCAUCUCCUUUCUUCGCAUGGUCCUAGACCCUCCGUUUCCAUCUCAGGACUUUGAUUUCUACAAUGACAGCGUUGUUUUGGAGUGCAGCAAGACUUUAUCUUUUGGGGCCUUUGUUGAACUCAUUUUUGUGUGCAUCUUAAGCUUAGUUUGUUUCUGCCUGAGCUACAUGGGAAAAGAUCUGCCGGCGAAUUACAACGAAGCCAAAUGCGUUACAUUCAGUCUUAUGAUAUAUAUGAUUUCUUGGAUCACGUUCUUCACAGCUUACUGUGUUUCUAGAGGGACAUUUUCUAUGGCUCUUAACGUAGGCGCUAUACUAUCCAGUGUGCUCGGGAUACUUGGAGGCUACUUUUUACCAAAGGUGUAUAUUAUACUGAUAAAGCCCCAAAUGAAUACAGCUGCCCACUUUCAAAACUGUAUUCAAAUGUAUACUAUGUCCAAACAGUAAAGAUUAGUUAUAAUCCAUUAAUAAGUAAAACAAAAAAUAUCCCAGUUUCAGUUUUUACAGCUUGGAUGACAUAUGGGUGAUUCUCACAAAAUCCAGAACAUUUAAAAAGCCCUUGAAGCCAUUUUUUUUGCACAUAUAAGAUUAAGGUCUGAACUUACUAUAACCAUUAUUUUUAGAGGAUUCAAAAAAUAUUUUCUAUAGAAUUAAUUACAUUUUUUAGAUUAUCAUUAUCAAAAAUGAUCAAUACCCCAACAUGAUAUUACAUUAAAUAUAUGCAUUUACAAACCCAUGUUUCGAUAAUGAGAGCUAAAAAGUUGUCUAGGUACUAUGACAAACAAAAUUUCAACUUUUAUCUGGAGAGAACAGCUUACCUGGUAGCCAUCUUGAGUGUCACGGUCAAUUAUGUCCCUUCUAACAAUUUUUUUUUUUAAAUGUUAGUUCCUUGAGGGCUUAAACAAUUAUUGAAAAUUGUUGCGGAGGAUGAGAAAAUUUUUCUUGGACACAUUUAUAUUCCUUAUUAUUGUCUCUACAUUUAGCAGUGAUCACCAAACACCACGUUUCUUUACUGUAAAUG